CGGAUCGCAAUGCACGCGCAUGCUCCCCGCCGGGUGGUCAGGGGGCCUCGGGGCGCUUGGCUGCUGGGUGGCCUCUGGGUUUGGGCUGUGUGCGGCCUGUGCGGCCUGGGGACAGCGGCCCACGGGGACCCAGCAGCCCUGCAGGCGCCCCAGCAGUGGGAGGGACGCCAGGUUCUGUACCAGCAGAGAGGCGGGCACAACAGCCGCGCCCUGCUGUCCUACGAUGGGCUCAAGCGCGUGCGGGUGCUGGACGAGAGGAAGGCGCUGAUCCCCUGCAAGAGAUUAUUUGAAUACAUUUUGCUCUAUAAGGAUGGAGUGAUGUUUCAGAUUGAACAAGCCACCAAACAGUGUGCAAAGAUCUCCUUGACAGAACCCUGGGACCCUCUCGACAUUCCCCAGAAUUCUACCUUUGAAGAUCAGUACUCCAGGGGGCCUCAGGAGCAGAUCACUGUCCAGGAGUGGUCCGACAGGAAGACAGCCAGAUCCUAUGAAACCUGGAUCGGUGUUUAUACAGCCAAGGAUUGUUAUCCAGUCCAGGAGACCUUCAUCAGGAAUUACACCGUGGUCCUGUCCACACGGUUUUUUGAUGUGCAGCUAGGCAUUAAGGACCCCUCUGUGUUCACCCCACCAAGUACAUGCCAGACAGCACAGCCAGAGAAGAUGAGUGAAGACUGCUCCUGGUGAACUUGCCAGGACAGAAGCGACCAUCUCGGUUCUUAGCGACCCUGUCUGGAAAUGGAUGCAGCUCUUCAAUGGAAAUAAAAGUAAUUUUAGGAGGAUAAAC